AUGGAAGUGCCCUCUGAAAUUGAGCUCAGUGAAGAUGUUGCUGGGCAAGAGGAAAAAGCGAAUGAGGAGGAAGACGGACUGGAGCAGCUGCAGAGAGAUCCUCAGGAAGUGGAGGACACCCUGAGGGACACACAAAUAACCCCUGAAGUUUUGAACAUGCUGAGGCAAGACCACCACGUAGACCUGUCUCAGUGUCCUGACUCAUACAAGGAAAAUUCCAAGCAAGAGAAGCUGCUGCUCGCGAUUGCCGAAAACUUCCGCAGCCAAUAUGCCCAUUUGUACCCUGACCGCAAACCGCUGCUGAUGUGUCCCCGUAACGAGUGUGGCGUGCAAAAAUUUGUGAGUACCACGUUGCGACCCACUCUUCUCUCUCACCCAGAGCUGUACAGUUGGGAGGGGUGUGCUAGUUUUGUGUCUGAAUUUCUGUCAAUGAAGCCUCUGGAACCACCAUUUGACCCCCCCAGACAUCUGUUUUCACCUGCCUUGGUUCUACAAACCCAGAGAGGUACGUGUUUUGACUUCUCCACCUUACUGUGCAGCCUGUUACUGGGUGCAGGCUAUGACGCUUACUGUGUCAGUGGGUAUGCCGUGAAGGACAUAUGCCUCCUCAACCAGUCUCGCCAGGAGUGUCCCUUACUGGUCCCCCCAGAGAAAAGGAAGACAGAAGAGCAGAAGCAGGAGAUGAGGAAAUAUUCAGUGAAACCCCCACGGGACUUGCGCAGCAGCUUUAAGCAGCAGCAGGAGGCGCGGAGACAGGCUGAGACAGAGGCAGCGGUACACAAAGAGAGGCAGGAGGCAGAGAGAGAGCAGGAGGAGCGAGAACGUCCGCCUCCGGAUUCCCUUCUGGGCCUGCGGGUUCACUGCUGGGUUCUGGUUCUCUGUGGGAAACGGAAGGUCCCUGAGAACUUCUUCAUUGAUCCGCUGACAGGAAAGAGCUACGCUACGACAAACGAGAACUUCCUCGGCAUAGAAAGCGUAUGGAACCACCAGAACUACUGGGUCAACAUGCAGGACUGUCGCUUUGGUUGUGCUAAGAUGACUUAUGACCUUGGAGAUGCAGAGAAGUGGGAAUACUUGCUUUUUGGCCCCACUAGCCAAUCACAGCAGCUCAUAAGAGAACAACAGGACAUUGAGAAUGAGGAUGAGACAGACGAGGCUUUGUUUGAAAUGCCACAGUCGUGGGUGAGCCCGAUCUAUAUUUCACAGGAAGAUAUGGAGAGCCGGUGCCCCGGAGGAACGAAGGUCACCCAGUACAGAAAAGCCAAGCUGGAGAAGUUUGCCCCUUAUCUCCUGAAGGAUGGUCUGGUAACAAGGCUGAGCGUGUAUGACGACCUUGACUGCACGCAGCUCAAGACCGUGAAAGAGUGGUACAAGAAUCGGCAUGAUCACCUAGAGGAGAAAGAGCUGGAGAAAACCAGCAAUGUUACAGUCGAACAUUUCUCACCUGGACGGAACGACGCUCUUAAACGUCACAGGUACACAACGCUGAUCCCUGAAAACGAGCGACAGAUGGACUUUUACAGCACUGCGCGAGUGGACGGAUUGGCCAGCAGGGUCGAGACGCCAUUUGAGAUGACAGAGACCUUUGAGGAUCGCCCUGACUUCUUGUGUUACCGCCACGUCAUUUUUGGAAAGUGGCCUGAUGUGUCUAAGGGUGGUAUGGUUCCAGAUCAAGGUCAGCGACCCCUACAGAAGGUGGUUGAGAGAUUCCAUCGGGAUAAGUCAAAACCAGCCAGCAAGGACGUGGCUGAACGGAGCUUCUUGGUAUCGGAAGGUUGGAUUGAGGUGACCUACCAUCUGGAGGAUGAUAGGAUCAUUCCUGGGUGGCAUAUUUUUGUCAAGCCUCAGGACUCCAGGAACUCCCUGAAUCAACCCACCUUUAACUCUGAGAUGGUCUCUUCUUUCCAGGUGGACCCAUUUGCAAAGCCAUACAAGGAGUUAUUUUUGUAUGAGAUGCUUAUGUCUCUGAUGAAGGAAGAGGAGAAUGUUAUACUGCGAACCAGAGAAUCAGAGCACGAGAUAAAGGCCAUUCUUACUCUAAGAGAACAAGAGAACAGCAAUACAGAGCUCCACACUUCCAUCUAUAACACAACCAAGCACGAGAAAGCCCGCACUCUUUGGAGGGAACAGGAGCGAAAAGCCAAAGAGGAGCAUCAAGGACUGAAAGAAAAGGAGCGGGACUAUUUGGCUCCAUAUCUGUCCAAACAUGGAAACCCAGAAUCGCUAACCCAGCAAGCCGCCAUCCAGAUAAGGGCAGAUUGCCUGGCAGACCUGAAGCAACAUCUCACUCGCCAUGCCAACGUCAUCCAGGCCAGAUACGAGAAGGAGACUCAGCAGCUGCAGAUGAAACAACAAUGGUUCCAGAAGAACCAGCUCCACAUAACCAAAGAAGAGGAGACCGAGUACCUCGCUUACUGCUCAGGUGCAAUGUUGAGGAUCCGUGUACUUAAACAGCGUCUCAAUCGACACAAGGAAGAAGCCAGUCAGAGAUACCAGGCAUUGGAUGAAAAACUAAGACGAGACCCACGACUGGCUAACCACCUCUGGUGAUAUAUAUCAGUAUGAGAACUGUUACAAGAGGACAAUGUGUUUUCUACAGUACACAUUGAUGUGUAUGUUUUUCUUACUGUGACCUGACCGACUCACAGCACUCCAUAUGUGCAUUUGAUUUAGAUUUUUUUG